GUCCAUCAUCUCUUUCAUCUUUCAGUCCCCUGUCUCCCUGUCCCUCAUCUCCCAGUUUAUUGCCACUCUGUCUGAUGUCCCCUGGUCCACUGCCUCCUUGGAUAUCAUCUCCCCAUCCUUCAUUUCCCUGUCCAUCAUCUCACUGUCCUUCAUCUCCCCGCACUUUGUCUCCCUGUCCAUCACAUUCUUGUCCGUCAUCUCCCUGUUCAUCAUCUCCCAGCUCAUUGUCUCACUAUUCAAUGUCUCCUGGUCCCUUGCCUCUUGGGCUAUCAUCUCCUAUUCUUCAUCUCCUGUCCUUCAUCCUCCUAUCCUUCAUCUCCCUGUCCUUCUCCCUGUUCAUCAUCUUCUUGUCCAACAUUUCCCAGGUCAUUGUCUCACUGUCUAGUGUCUCCUGGCCCACUGCCUCUUACGCUAUCAUCUCCCGUCCUUUAUCUACCUGUCCUUCAUCUCCUUGUCCUUCAUCUCCUUGUCCAUCAUAUCCCUGUCCAUCACAUCCCCGUCCAUCAUCUCCUGCUCCAUCACCGCUGAGCCAUCAUCUCCUGUCCUUCAUCUCCCUAUCCAUCAUCUCUCUGUUCUUUGUCUGUCCAUCAUCUCACUAUCCUUGAUGUCUCUGUCCUUCACCUCUGUCCAUCACCCCCAAUCACUUAUCUCUGUCCUUUGUCUCCCUGUCCAUUGCCUCCCUAUCCCUCAUCUCUCUGUUUCUUGUCUCUAUUAUCACCUUGUCCUUCAUCUCUCUGCCCCUCAUCCCCCAUCCUUUGUCUCCCUGUCUAUCGUUUUCUUAUCCAACCUCUCCCUAUCCACCAUCUUCCCAUCCUUCAUCUCCUUGUCCACCCCAUCCCUAUCCACCACCUCUCUCCUUUGUCUCUCUGUCCCUUUCCCUCAUCUCUCUGUCCCAUAUCUCCUCCCUAUUCCCAUCCCUCUACGGCCCAUCAGAGCCAAGAUCCUUGUACAAAGCCGACUCCGCACCCCCCUCCCCGCUCUGGUCCCCCGGGGAGGGAGCAGUGCGGCCGCCUCCUCCCUCGGGCGGAGCGGGGGCGGGACGGGAGGGGACGCAGCCUCCCCCGGGCACGGCCCCGGGGCUGCGGUGCCAGCGGUGGGAUCAUGCCGUACCUCCUCAUCAGCACACAGAUCCGCAUGGAAAAAACAGGAGCUUGCAGGGGAGGUCGGCCCCACCAUGGUGGGAGAUGAGCACUCAGAUCCCAACCUGAUGCAGUUCCUGGGGGCCACGAAGAGGAACAUGCUGGGGAACCACUUAGACACACCUCCUCUGUUUUGGUACCGUUUCCAGCCCCAUGGUGUUCAGAAGCAGAUGGUGCCCAUCCUUCUCCUCGCAGCCUGGCUCUGGCCAGGUUUAGUGCCAACCCACACCAGGUGCACACCCAAAGCCUGUCCAUCCCAUCCCAGCUCAAGCUUUCUCCCCGUUACUGAGCAUCCCUCCCUGAAGCCUUUCCUUGGGCUGCAGAGCCCCCGGGCUUUGAGCUGCUUCGCGUCCCCAGCCCAUUAGGCUGUGUGUUUCCAACACAUCCCACGCUUCUUCGCGUCCCUGUGUCUCUCCCUGCCUACGCCGAGUUUGACACCAAGGGUGCAGCUUGGAAACGCUGCCAUCCUGCUCUUUACAUCUCAGCCCACUUUAGCCCCCACCCCUCCACACCCCUCUCUGUUUGGUAUCUCGACUUCUUGUUUUUCUCCAGGAUUCAAACAAUAACAACAACAACAACAAACCACCAAAGCAAAACAAAACCCCCAAAUGCAAAUCAAGUGAAAGCAGAGGGGAGCAGUUGGAUUUCUGCUCAUGCUUGCCCACUCAUGCGUCAGUGGGAGGAAAACCAGGCAUCUCCUUGGUCCCAGCAUGUUCAGAUUUCCAUCGGCAAAGCUGGGAAGACCCACGUCCUCAGCACUGGGCUGGCAGGCAUCAACGCCCAGCUCCUCCACUGCAUUAACAAAACUUAGGAGUUUAAAGGAAGAGCAGAUAAAAGAAUGGAAGGAUCCCUGACUUUCAUUUUCAAGAAAAUGCAACCUUGGGCCACCUGCUUUGGCAGGAACUUGGCUUCUUCCAUUGCUCCUUUCCAUCAGCAGAGGCUCAGGGUGGGCUUGUUGAGCUGAGCCAUCUCUGCGCUGCUAUUCCCAAGCCCGUGGGUGGCACAGAAAUUGGCAGCAGCGCCAGCUUCGUGCUGCCGCCUUUGGAGCUGAGCCUGGGAGUUAUGCAAUGGGAGAAGAGACCUGAGGAGAAAACCAGGAGAGGCUUCGAGGAGGACGAAGUGCUGCUGGCUCUGAGAUAGGGGUGAAUCUCUAGGAUUUGGGUGGAACAGAAAGGGAGGAAGGCGGAAUGCCUCCAUGCCGCCCGCCCAAGCAGCCAGGGAGGAGUUCAUAGAAUUGUAGAAUCAUGAAGGUUGGAAAACAUCUCUGGGAUGAUCAAGUCCAAGCCCAAACCGUUCCCACCGUGCCCACUGACCACGUCCCUCAGUGCCACAUCCCCACAGUUCUUGAACACCUCCAGGGACGGUGACUCCCCCACCUCCUUGUGCAGCCCGUGCCAAUGCAUCACUGCUCUUUCUGAGAAGAAAUUGUUCCUAAUAUCCAACCUGAACGGCCCCUGGUGCAAUGUAAGGUCAUUACAGGGUUAUAAAGAAGUAGAGUGCCAGAUUUUGCUUCUUAGGGGACCCUUCUAUUUCUACUAGUGCCUGCCUGUGGCCUGAUAGACAUUUUCAAGCACGUCUUCCCUGCUUGCUCUUGAGCAACACAGGGUGGAGGAAACAACGUGGCUGGAAUACCAACACCCUGAGAGGCACAGUGGCGUGCCAGCAAGGCCAGCCCCAUCCACCUUCUGCCAAAAAACCCCGCUGGGGAGGAGAGCACCAUGGUCAAGCAGGGUUUUCUGUCCUACUGCCACAUAAUGACGCAAAUCUCACCCUUUCCACAGCAUCACGAGAUCCAAAGCCUUAUACAUGACCUAAGGAGCGCGGGGGGGGGGCCUGAAAGAAAGGGUCUAAGCAGCAUGGACCUGCUGUAGCACUGUAAUAUACGUAAAACACUUAAUUGCCUCUAAUAAAGGGGAGUGUGGAUCCUGUUAAGCAGCUACUACAAAUGGCACAUAAUUAAGUACCAUCAGUUGCCGGCUUACAUUCUCCAUCCCUUAUCUAAGUGCAGGGGGAGAACCUUCGGGCAUUUGAGUUUCAGCACGGGGAGAGCCAGGUUCUGCCCCAGCCUGCGUGGAACCAUGGGUUGCAAAGCCAACCCUGGGCUGCUGCAAAAUGGGAUUCUGUGCAUGUGUGGACGCUGGACAACGUUCCCUCCACCUCCCGUCAUAAUAAAGGCUAUCAAUCAGUGCUGCUACUUUUAAACAGCAAACUAUCUAAAAGCAGAGGAAAAGUCACCGCAUUAGGAUGCUCUUGCUGUAGCUCAGCCCCAUUCCCACACACAGCAUGUGCUCGCUCACCUACCUUUGGCAGACCUGGGAGCCAGAGGCUCGUGUACUUACCAUGGGCACGUGAAGAAUUCCUUUCCGCUCUGGGAUGACCUCUGUCCCCUGCUGGCUUCUGGCUGACAGACUUUACAAACGUCCCUGACCUGAUUCAGACUGCUUGCACGUGGGCAGGGAGGCACACUUGAUAGGCACUGUGCAAGAUCUUUUGUUUUGCUCGAUGUGGAGCUGUGUUUAAGGCCCUAGGCCACUCAGCUUGCCUUCUGCUUCCAGCUCAGCCACUCCAAUUUAGGCUCCGACAUAUAACAACCCCUGCCUCAGCUCCUUCCUCUGCAUAAUGGCAAUAAUAUUUACCAACUCCAGCAUGUGAAUCUGAAGGGUAUGUGGCAAGCCUCUUAGAGAAAACAUUAAGUUCAAAGGCACUAUAAUAACAGAUAUUAUCUUUAUAUCACAUCUAUAAUUAUUGCAUAGUCUGCCUUGAGACACUGGAAAAAUACUUUCACAUCUUAGUGUUAUUUCGUGCUUCAAAAAUGCUCACCACUAUUAAUGUUUUGCAAUCUUAGCAACUUUGGAAACACGUUUGGGUCUUUUUUAUUCUUAUUAGCGUGAAAGUCGGGAUAGCCUUUGUUAGGGUGCCCAACCGAGAUCAUCUACGAUCCUGCAGCCCAUCAUUAUCAGCUCAUCAGGCACAGUGAGUCAUCUAAGAGCUACACAAUUAUGAAGCUCAUCCCAUCUGCUUGAAUAAAUACUGCAGCCCAAACGACUGUGUUAAAGGAACAGAAAGGCUGCCAAAUCCAGCACUGUAGGGUAGACUUGUCAUUUCGGUUCUGCCACUUCCUAACCUAAUUCAAUGCGUUUUAUGUCUGUGUCGUGCUACUCUUCCCCUCCACGAUCACCGUCUAUUUUCUUUAUGGUAGGAGCAAUGCAAAACAUUGGUAUUUCACUCCUUUAAAACACCCGUGUUGUUUUGUAAAAGGCUUCCAGAACGCUCCAGCUGUGUAAACCGAAGCCUGGUGAAAGCAACAGCAAACAGGGUCUGAUAACAGGGAGUUAUCAGGCCUGCAAGCUGUAGGUUUGCAACUUGCAGGAACAUGGGAACAGCAAGGAAAAAGUUCUUGCUGCUACAACACUGUUUGUUGCGGGGGAAAAUCCUACAUUUUCCCCCGCUCUGCAGAGACCAUUCUCUUUUUCCAUGAAUUCCGAGCUAUGCAUACUUGCUGACUCCAGCUGUGGUUUCAGCUCAGCUAAGCAAGCAGCACGUGGCUUUGGAUAACCAGUCCCCAAACCACACUUCAAUUUAAGAUCGAAUUCCAUUCUGGGCAGCUUUCUCCUUGGUUUGGAAGCUGUGGGUUUUGGUCUUCCCCACCUGGUUAACCAAGGUGUUGCAUCACGCAGGCAGCAUGCCAGAUGUGGCCACUGCGGUAUUUCGUACCAGUUUAUUAGUGAGGCAGACUUAACUCCCCAAGGAAAUUCUCGUCUCUUCCUUUUCCUCUUCAUCUUUCCUCUCUUUCCC